AUGACUGGGUUGAACGAGUUUGCCAAAUUGAAAAUCCCUCGCUGGAUAGGCUACUCGAAAAGGGUCAUAAAAUCAGCAGAAAUUCACGUUUUCGGUGAGGCAUCUGAGGCGGCGUACGGAGCCGUUGCUUACGCAAGGCUCCAAACAAAAAACAACGAAACCAGCAUUCACUUUCUAGCCAGUAAAACGAAAGUGGCACCUCUCCCAAAGAAAAAAGUUACCCUACCACGACUGGAGUUAUUGAGCUCACUUUUAGCCGCACGGUUAGGAGAAAAAUUGAAAAAUUUUCUCCACAUAGAGUCAUGGCGAACCAUAUUCUGGGCGGACUCUUUGGUAGCACCUGGGUGGAUCAGAGGAGAUCUUAACAGAUGGAAACCAUUUUUUAGGAACCAAGUUGAAGCUAUCAGAAAGCUGUCUGAAGUAAGUUGGUGGCGGCACUGCCCGGGCAUACACAAUCCUGCGGAUCUUGCCUCGCGGGGAGCGCCAGCGUCAGCGCUGGUACACUCGGAGCUAUGGUGGAAUGGUCUACCAUGGCUAAAGGAAGAAACAGAAUGGCCGGAUUCAACACCCGAUGCAGGAGAGACGAGCAUCUACGAAAAGAUCGAAGCGGAAGCCAAAGGAAAAACCGUCAUCAUGUCGGUGGCUACCGUGGAACCAGCUACCCCAAUGGAAUGGCAUCUGGAACGAAUUCCAUCAUGGAAUCGACUACUUCGACGAACCGCCUGGAUGCUUAGGUUCAUCUCCAAGAAUCGCCCCAUCAACAGAACGCAAAUCCAAACGCCAAUUAAGAUAGGAGACGAAAAAGAAAUACUGGUAGACCAUCUAACAGUAGAGGAACUGACGAGGGCGGAGCUACUUAUCUACAGGCAGCUCCAAAAAGAAGCAUUUCCAAAGAUGUUUCAAGACCUACAAGAGGGAAGGCAACCACACCACAAGGAGAAAAUUGCCAAACUCCGACCAGUGUGGGAUGAAAGAGACAAGGUGAUCAGAGUGACCGGAAGGGUCGAGUUGGCACUAAGAGACAGGGACAUUGAACCUGCCAUACUGCUGCCCACUCACCAUCCAGUUGUGAAAUUGCUCAUUGCCGACAGACAUGUCUCACUGAAACACGCCGGAGUGAAAACUACCCUCUCCGAUUUAAGGGAACGUUUUUGGAUUAUUAAAGGGCGCCAGAAGACUAAGUCAGUUUGGCAUGCCUGCGUCAAGUGCCAACGGCUAACUUCACCGCCAUUUACAGAAGUAGCUGCACCUCUACCAUUGAAUCGCUUGAAACAAGCGAAAGCCUUCGAAAUCACGGGUGGGGAUUUCGCAGGGCCUUUGUAUUACAAACACCCAAUAUCGCGUAAGAAACGCAAGCAAGCGGAACUUACGACCUCCGUGGAUCCCCCACAAACGGAUGAUCCAAGUAUGGAGACUCCAGCAGAGCAUCCAGCCAUGGAACAAACGGAGGAAAAAGAAAACCUCCAACCGGACGACUCAGGCAAGAAGAAAAAGGGUACAAUCAAGCAACCCAAAAGUUAUGCCUGCUUAUUCACCUGUGCGGUGACCAGGGCCGUCCACCUGGAGUUAACUAAAACCAUGUCAGCACGUGACUUUCUCCUAGCUUUCCGAAGAUUUUCGGCUAGGAGAGGUAACGUGUCUGUCAUGUAUUCGGACAACGCACAAACAUUUAGGUGCGUUUCCAAACACUUAAAGGUCUUGAGAUCGGAUCCAGCGAUCCACGACCUUCUAGCCAUGCGAAAAACCGAGUGGAUCUUCUCCGCCAGCCUAGCCCCAUGGUGGGGAGGCUUUUGGGAACGCAUGGUUAGGACAAUGAAAGACCUACUACGGCGUUCCAAUGGCCGUGCGUGUCUAGAAUACGACGAGUUGGAAGUCAGUUUGAUCGAGACAGAAAGUGUAGUGAACGCAAGGCCACUCACUUAUGUGGCAGAGGGGAGUGAUGAUGCACUUCCCAUCACUCCAAACCAAUUUCUGAACAACAGACGAUCUAAUUGCACUCCGCCGGAGCCAGCAAUUAACCUACUGACUCCCGACCCAACCAACGCACGACUCAUCGAGAUGGACCGUCUACGCAGAGACUACGUCAAGGACACUUGCGAGCGAUUCGUGAAUGACUACUUGCUCCAAGUAGACAAUUUUCACUGCAAAGGAGGGCCUGGACGCAAGAUCCGAGUAGGCGAAGUUGUCAUCAUCCACGAUGACAACACAAAACGACUUAUGUGGACAGUCGGUGUAGUGAAGGAGCUGAUUUCCAGCCGAGACGGGCUGAUUCGAUCGGUAACGGUCAAGACCCCUAACGGCAACUUUAUUAACCGAGCGAUUCAGUCCCUACACCCCCUGGAAUUACGCGAGGACCAGCCCGACGACGUUGAAGCACUACCCGCGCCGGAGAUGGAGCCGGAAGAAAACACAACUCCAUCCGUGUCAGCCGCCAGCCCGGUCGAAGAGAGCGAGCCGUGGAGCACGGGCUCUGGUGGGGAGUGUGUUGGGAGUAAAGUCAGAGCACGGGCUGACUAUUCCCUUCAAUACAAAUGA